AUCGCGAUGGCGAGGCGUAAGCGGCACAAUAAGACGUUUGGUAAGCCAAGGGAGAACAAAGUCCAGAUGAAAAAGCACUCAAUUGUGAAGAAAAAACGUGUCAAUCGGAAAGAAGAUCCAGAAAAACAGUCGACAGAAAAUGGCACAAUCGAAAUCGGCGCGAUCAAAUUGGCAUUUAAUUCGAUAAUUAAUCCGAACUUAACAGAAACAGAAACAGGAUUUCUGAUCCAUAAGUUCUUCGAGAAAUGCUUGAAUGCUACGAAAGUCAUGCAUCUUGCAUCGAUGUUAAUGCUCUACACAAUCAACGAAGCAUUCGAUGAUGGCAAUUUGGACUUCUUCGCGAAUCAAAAUGGAGCAAAUUUGAUAACGGACUGUUUCAACUGUGUCACAUCGGACAACAUCAACGAUCCACUCACAGCCCAAAUGCCAGACGCAUUUCUCGCGAUGGUGACACAAGGUAGCCCCAACUUUGAAUGGCCACGCCGCCAUCAAAUGACUCGCCAAGUUUAUGCUCUCAAGGACCAGUAUGUGACCAAUUUGAAGACAAAUUUGGAGACGCACUGUUGGGUGAGAUUGACCCACUUUCUAUGUGUAAAGUGCCAUGAAUUCAAUCACAAAGGAAGCCCACUUGACGUUAUUUAUAAUGCAUCAUACUUGCCUUUCGAUGACAUUGACAUUCGAAAUACGAUGAAAAAUUUGAUGUACAAUGAAGAUUGGACAUAUGAUGAUGAUGAAAGUCGAAAGUCGAAAAUGGAAAUACUGUUUAAGGAAGUGUCUCAGCUUUGUGGCCCAUCAUUCGUAAAAUACUUCACAAUGUACGAAUACAUUCAAAAGGACUGGUUCGAGUCUUUGUGGAUGUGGAUAGGCAUUCAACGAAUUGUUGAAAAAUUUUCGAUCGAUACGGCUCACCUUCGUGAACAGUGGAAAGCAUACGAUCGUGAUCCAGUGAACAAUCGAGAGCCGUCGGUACCGAAGAUACCAAAAGUGAAGAAUUUCGCCGCUAUUCCACUCAGUGAUACAAAACUGAAGCACAUACCAUUCGACCAUAAAGAUUUGAUUGAUAUCAUUGGCCAGUUGAGAAAAGAACGGGGAUGGGAUAUUCGUGCUGAUUAUCGUACAUACUACAAGCAAGGCGAGAACAAAGACGAGGCAUGGGGAAUUGUGUUCGAUAUGGACAAAAUCAGACGGCUCAGAACCGGUUCGAAAGAGUUUUACCACAAAAUUCAAACCAACAGUAGUGCCGUGUCGGUGUUGUUUAGCAGACCCAAACGCAAAGGAGCCGGCGUGACUCUGUCUGAAAACAAAGCAAAGUACGAAAAGCCAGUCAGCAAAGGCGGUUACAAGUAUGAGUCAGGAAUUGAUCCCGGCCAGAAAACAAAAAUGGCCUGCGUGCGUCGGACUCUCGCUACUGGAAUUGAAACCAACAUCAAAUUAUCGAGUAUUCAAUAUCACAAGGAAUGCGCGACAAACAGGCCACGAAAAUGACCAGAAAGUACGUGCACAAAGAACAGCGCGACUUGAAAAGCUAUCCGAUCACAUCCGUAUCGCCGCGAGGAUCACAAUGGAAAUCAUUCAUUAAGCACAAAAUCAAAAUGCUGACAGAUUCAUUGGCUACAUACGCCAGAAGAAAAUACGCACAGCUAUCGUUGCACAAGUACAUCGAGACUAAUCGCGAAAUGGAUUUGAUGGCUAAACACAUAACAAACAAUGAGACAGGAGUUGUAUUCCUUGGUGAUGCGGCGUUCCCAUCAAAUUCGAAAAUCGGUGUGAAAAGAACAAAACGAUCACCGGAUCAGCGAAAGUUCAUAGUUAGCCUAAAAAAGAACGGCAAAACGGAUGUUGUGCUUACACCAGAGCCGUAUACAUCACAAACCUGUGCCAAUUGCUUGCGGCGAUUUCCGAGAAGCACAAAAAGUGACCGAUUCAAAGUGUGCAAAGAUUGUCGCCCACACAAGGAUGUGAGACUCCCACCGGUUAUUGUGACUGAUCGAAGCAGACGGCGCAAGCAAUUGGCACAGGUU